GAAGCCGCAUGACGGUUGCUGAAGAGACUGACUGGAGAAAUGACACAUGACGUUCAGUCUUUGUUUGUAUGAGGCGCGUGGACACAUGUGGACACGGAUACGCGCAUGUACACAACUCUCCUUUUUAUUUCAUUUUACUUUCAUGAGUAACGUCGCAGAGGAAUUAAACGAAUUUAAGUGCCAAAAUGGGAAAUGGUUCGAUGAAGCUGAACCCAUUUAAACAGGUCAAUGGCUCAGCCAAACCCAAAAACAACGUGGAAUCAAGUUCGCUUCCUCAUGUCCUCAGAUCUAGAGUGGAUGAGCUCGAAAAUCAGCUGAAGAAGAAGGACGAAGACCUGAGUGCCAAGGAACUUCAGAUCAAACAUCUAGAGGAGCAACUAGCCCAACAAAGACAGGCGAUCUCGGAGAUCUCGGAUGCUUUAAGGAACAAGUGCUUCCAACUCAACAAGCUUCAGGAUGCACUGAAGAAUCAAGGGGAGUUGGGUCUCCUGCCAUCACCCAUCAAGGAUAAAGUCAGUCAGUGUCUUUCGGGUCUGCUCAGAGAUAACCUUAACAGGAGAAAAGGAGCAAAAGCUGGCGUGUCUGCAGAACCUUCAUCCAGAACCUACGACUCCAACGGCAUACCGAAAUUCUACUUUGAGAGUGCAAGAGUCUGGAAAGAGCAAAGUGUAAAGAAGCUCCUCACAGAUGCUUUAAAUAAGAACCAGUAUCUGAGGAGACUGGAGAUACAGCAGGUGAAAGACAUGGUGGAAUGUAUGUAUGAGAGGACGUACCAGCAAGGGGAAUAUGUCAUCAAACAAGGAGAGCCGGGGAAUCACCUGUUUGUGCUUGCAGAUGGAAAGCUGGAUGUCUAUCAGCACAAUAAACUGCUCACGUCAAUAUCAGUCUGGACCACAUUUGGUGAAUUAGCCAUCUUGUACAACUGCACCAGGACUGCAUCGGUCAAAGCGGCCAGCAACGUGAGGACAUGGGCUCUCGAUCGCGAGGUCUUUCACAACAUCAUGCGGAUGACUGCAGAAGCUCGCCAUGAGCAGUACCGCAACUUCCUGAGGAGUGUUUCACUUCUUGGCAGUCUGCCUGGGGAUAAACUGAAUAAGAUUGUUGAUUGCUUAGAGGUGGAGUAUUAUAAUAAAGGAGAUUACAUCAUCAGAGAGGGAGAGGAAGGAAACACCUUCUACAUAAUUGCCAAUGGAAAGAUUAAAGUGACACAAAGCACACAGGAUCAUGAAGAGCCUCAGAUCAUCAACACCUUGGGGAAAGGGGAUUAUUUUGGCGAGAAAGCCCUCAUCAGUGAUGAUGUCAGAUCUGCAAAUAUAAUAGCAGACGAAGACGUCGUGGAAUGCCUUGUUAUUGAUCGAGAAACGUUCAGUCAGACUGUUGGGACGUUUGAUGAGCUGAAGAAGUACCUUCAAAGUUAUGUUGACAAUUUGUCACGUGAUGAUAAGAAAAGAAAUGCCAAGAGGUCAGGAAGCAGCACCCCAUCCACCCCACCAGUGUCACAUGAUAUGAUAGAGCUGAAGGAGACAGAAACCAGCUUUGCAUCUGCUAUACCUUUCGGCAGCCUGGAGCUUAUUGCCACGCUGGGAGUGGGGGGCUUUGGCAGGGUUGAAUUGGUAAAAGUGAGGAAUGAGAAUGUGACAUUCGCUCUGAAAUGCAUCAAGAAGCGGCACAUCGUAGAUAACAGACAGGAAGAACACAUUUACUCCGAGAGGAAGAUUUUGCUUGAGACGAACUCUCCUUUCAUUGUUAAAAUGUAUUGCACUUUCAAAGACAACAAGUAUGUGUACAUGCUGUUGGAGGCUUGCCUUGGUGGAGAGAUCUGGAGCCUUCUCAGAGACAGGGGAAGUUUUGAUGAGUACACUGCCAAGUUCUGUGUGGGCUGCGUAACAGAGGCCUUUGACUAUCUUCAUAACAAUGGAAUCAUAUACAGAGACCUAAAACCAGAGAAUCUGAUGCUGGAUGCGGAAGGAUACGUCAAACUGGUGGAUUUUGGCUUUGCAAAGAAGCUGAAGUGUGGCCAGAAGACUUGGACUUUCUGUGGGACUCCAGAGUAUGUUGCUCCUGAGAUCAUUCUCAAUAGAGGUCAUGGCCUCAGUGUGGACUUCUGGUCUCUUGGAAUCUUGAUCUUUGAACUUCUCACCGGAAGCCCUCCUUUCACUGGCUCAGAUCAGAUGAUUAUAUACACAUUCAUACUUAAAGGAAUAGAGAAGAUGGAUUUUCCUAAAAAGAUUACCAAAAGGCCAGGUGAUCUUAUACGAAAGCUGUGCAGGCAAAACCCUUCAGAGCGAGUGGGCAAUAUGAAGAACGGAAUAAGAGAUAUUAAAAAACACAGAUGGUUUACAGGAUUUAGUUGGGGUGGUCUGAAAUCCAGAAAUCUGAUAUCACCUCUUAAAAGAGAGGUGAAGGGACCAACUGACCACAGUUACUUUGACAAUUAUCCUCCCGAUGAUGAAAUUCCUCCAGAUGAAAUGUCUGGUUGGGACAUGGACUUCUGAGUGACCCCUCUAUGCACCUCAUGUUGUGUGUGUUUUCAAACAGUGUGAGCUGCUACACAAAUCCUCUCUGCCAUUUCCCUUCUCCAACGUGUCUGCCUCGCUUACAAGGAACCUCAGAUCCCGAACAAACACAAUCAGUUCAUGUACUGAAACAAAAGACUCAUUGACUGAAAUCUGCUGUUGUGCUGAAGUGGGAGUCAUAGCAGAGGAGGAGAAAUAUAAGAAAGAAAUUGUUUCAUCAUUAUGUCACGGUGCUUAGAUGUAGAGCUGUACAUUGUGAUAAACAUGACAUACAUUA